AUGUUGAUGAGAUGGAAGACUAUGCCAUCAACUAAAAAAAUUGAACGAAAAACUUACUGCCCAAAUCGAAGCUUGCUCAAGACACCAAUCAAAAAUCAUAUUUCAAAGCCAUGUCAAAAGAGAAGUCCACCCACAACAAAUAGCACCAGAACCUACAAAAUAAAAGAAGGGAUAAUAUUUAACUAUAGUUGGACAGAACCAGUUCGAGAAGAAGGAAGGCAGAAAGGAUCUGAAACUGGGAGAAUUAGAAAAGGAAAGAGUAAAUCAGUUAGCAACUUAUCUGAAGAUAAGAAAAUAAAAACGCCUUUCAAAAUCACUGAAGGGAAAUUCGAACCUGAUCAUGAUGAAGCUGAAAAUGGUGAAACCAAUGAAAAAAAUGAGAGAACUAAGAUUGAAAAAGAUACAGGCCAGGAAGCAAUGAAUAACCCACCUUCUAAACUUGAGAGGUUUGAAGCAGCAAAUGAUCGACUGCUUUAUGGGCUCGAACUACCUAAUCUCUGA